UUUUAAUUGUAAGUUUGAUAAGCAAUAUUACUGCAAUAAUGAAGAAUGCAAAGGAGAAGAGCGAUGUGUGGAAACACUUCAAAAAAGAAAGCUCAACCUCUGCUCGGUGUAUACUUUGUAUGAAAGUAUUGAAGCAUGGAGGUAAUACUACAAAUUUACACAACCACUACAAGAAGGUACACAAAAUGCAUGUAGGAACAGAGCCAACGUCACCGAAACAAUCAAAAAUGUCUUCAGAAAACAAGGAGAACACAAUAGAAUUAAAUGAAGAAGACGAAGAGAUAGAGAUCCAAAGUGAAAUUCCUGCGACGACUUCACUCUCACGUCAGAGCUUAAAAUUUACACCAGGUAUAAACCAGAAAGAGACUAAAAUUACGGAAUCUUUUUCACGCAUAAAUUCUUUUAUGGAGGGAGGUUCUUCAGCAAAUAAACUCACUAAUUGUAUUUUGUUCAUGAUUACAAUCGAAAAUCUACCCUUAUCUCUUGUGGAUAGUAAAAGCUUUAGGCGUCUUAUAAAUACAGCGGCACCAAUGUAUAAGAUUCCUAGCAGAAGGACCAUAACUCGCCUCAUAGAUGCUAAGUAUGAUAUUUUAAAAGAAAGUUUUAAAGAACAUCUAAAACUCGGGUCUACAUUUACGUUAACGUGCGACAUUUGGACGGACGUGAGUAACCAAAGUUACAUUGGUGUAACAAUACACUAUUUACGACACGAAUUGGUUCUAUCAAACGCAAUGAUAGGUGUUUUCCCUCUGACGCAAAAUCACACUGCCAACUAUAUUAAAGACACAAUGAUAUCUAUAUUAGAGUCAUUUAAUAUAGAUGUAACAAGUAUAGCUGCCAUUGUAACUGAUAGCGCUGCCAAUAUGACGAAGGCAAUCAUAGAUGGAUUUGGUCUUUCAAAACAUCUACCUUGUAUUGCCCAUCUUUUAUCCCAUUUAGUUCCAGAUGCUAUCAAAUUGAACCCUCCAAUCGAUAAAAUUAUUACCAGAGUAAAAUCUAUUGUAACCGUAACAAAGCGGAGCGUUGUGGCAUCUGACGAAUUAAAACGUUUGCAAAUACGUGAUGGAAAAACUGAGAAUACGGCAUUAAAAUUUAAACAGGAUGUGCCAACGCGUUGGAAUUCAACGUAUCAUAUGAUUAAACGGUUUCUAGAAUUGAAAGAUUAUGUUUAUUCCGUACUCAUGACAUGCCCAACAGCUUCGACAGCACUUACGCGCGAUGAAAUCAAGAUUUUAGAAGAUAUCGUACAAGUUUUAGGCCCGAUUGAAUUUGUUACAAAUGAAAUAAGCGGUGAUUCAUAUCCAACAAGCAGUUUAGUAAUUCCGUUAAUUCACUGCAUGGAAGCCACCAUAAAAAACUGUAUUACUAAAACUCUUGAAGGCAAUGCAUUCAAAGACAGCAUUUUAUUUGAAAUUCAACGACGUUUCAAAGAAAUUGAAUCGUAUCAGAUAUUCGCAGUAUCAACUAUUCUAGACCCGCGAUAUAAAAAAAUGCAUUUUAAAUCUAUAAGAGCAGCUUCCGUUGCUAUAUCACAUAUUAAUCGCAAAUUAAAAACUAUUUCUACUAAUAAUAACACAGAGUCUAAUGUAAUCGAACAUGUAGAACCACGAACUAACAGCAAAUUAAAUGAAUUUAACGUUUGGAAUAUUCACCAAAGUUUAGUAGAGUCAUGUGCAUCAUCUGUUGAUGAGCCUGGUGGCAUGAAUCUUGAAUUGCGGCAAUAUUUGAAUCAGCCUAUAAUUCCACGUGAGCAAGAUGUAUUUAAGUUUUGGCAAACUCUUAGACCUGCGUAUCCGACACUUUUUGUAAUGGCAAUAAGUUACUUAUCUAUUGUUGCGACUUCGGUACCCUCUGAACGUAUGUUUUCUAAAGCUGGUAUUAUUAAAUCAGACUUGCGAAGCAGACUGAGCGGAAAACGACUAAAUAGUCUACUUUUUCUAGGUUCACUUAGUGAAGAGAUUUGGGGAUUAGACUAAGAAAAUAUUAACUAUGUCUUAUCUUUUCCUGUGUUCGCAUUUUGUGCAAUUUCUGUUGUUUAUAUAUUAUUUAUAUAUAAUGUUUAAAAAAUGUUUUUUAAUAAAACUUUUAUAUAGCGUUUGUCAUAUUAAAUAUAAUAAAAAAUAUAUAUUAAAAAUUGGUCAUUAAUAUAUACCUCUCUUAUGUUUUCUCCUUACUGCCAUGUGUUACUAAUAUGCAAUAAUUAUACUUAUUUACAGUGAGCUAUUUUCAUUAUUCAUAUAAUUAUAAGUAUUUUUAUUACAUAAUUAUGAUGUAGAUUUUCUAAUUUAUAUAUAAUUUAAAUGGUUUUAUAUUUCAGAGAUAUUUCGGGCAUAACAAUAAUGCAUAUCCAGAGUAAAGAUUCUUCAAUAAUAAAGUCAACGUAAUAAAUUAAAAUUAUUUUAUAUAAAUUAGAUUUCUUUAAAUGUUUACACAUAGUAACUUUUAAAUUAAUUAGUAAUAAUCGAUUUUUUCUUGAUGUUUAUGGAAAAUAAUCGAUUGUUAUUUUAUACUAUUGCAAAUUAAUCGAUUGUCUACGAUCGAUCAUUUAAAGAGUCGAUUAUUUAGCAAUCGAUUAUUUUUUUUAACAUCGCCCAUCUCUACUCGAAGUCUUCCGCUCGUUCGUUUUAUACUCGGCGUCGUCUCCCUUCCGCCAGUCCGUUCGCCAAUCAGCGAUGGCGUCGGUCGCCGCCGCUUGGGAUCUCCAGAUACCCCCACCGCUCGCGCUGCAUCCACUCAGCGUGUAGCGUGAUUCCGCGCUGCGUGUACUGGGCUAUCCCCUCUUCAUCGGUAUCCGCCAAUGGUCGAAGAAUGCGUUUGGAUGGCGAGAGAUGCUCCGAGUUGUUCCUUCCGGUCCUCACGCUUUUAUUUUCGCUUACAGGGAAUUUUGAUGUAUUGCACUUAAAAGUGCAAAACGUCAGGAAAGUGUAUCACUCUAUGAAAUAAACAAUUAUUGCCUGGUAAAGCUAUUAAAUAUAUUUUUGACUAUGUUACUGCCACGUAUAAAUAAAAAGCAUAUGAUAGUAGGAAAAAAAUCUAUAAACGCAUUAAACAAAUUAAAAACAGAAACACAGAGUAGUGCACGAGUUCCCGGCGCAUGUUUGGCAUUUUCUAUUCAUUUAACAUGCAAAUAUAAUUAUAAAAGAGUAAACUUAUCAUGUAUAUUGAAUGUAUAUUGAACUAAAAAUUAAGUAAUACAUAUAUAUUUAACGUCUUUUUGUAUUUUUCUUAAGAUUGGAUAUAAGUAUCUCACGAAUGGCGUUAAGAAAACUAACCUAUAGUUUAUUAUAAUAAAAAGCUUGCUUAUUAAAAAUAUUUUUACAACUUAUACUAAUGGAUAUAUAUAUAUUUUUAUUACAUGUGAACUUAGCCUAAUUACUUGGUAUAGUGUAGACUGUAGACUAUGCUAAUGAGUAUGUAUAUAUUAUUAUAAUUCUAUGGGCUUAUUACUACGCGUUUUUGUGUAGAUUGUGUGCCUGUAUGUAAUUGAUUGUGUCGCGACGUAAGCUAGCGACUUACUUUAAUGAAAAUAAAAAUAAGAAUAAAAUAAAAACAUAAAGAGGUUA